CUCGCCCUAGGAGUGUGCGCCAGUGGGCGACCGUUUACAACGCGAUAAGCGUCGCGGCGCCCUCAACGAUAGGCAAGUUGAGGACGUUGUCCUAGUACGUCCGCUUUCGCAUUCGGUUGUGUUUCCUCGCGCGGGUUCGUUCGCGUCAAUUCGUAGGGAACAAGGUCUCCGGUUCCGGUGAAUCGUCGCUUGUCGGUGUUGUUAUAUUUUUUUGUUUACGACGAGGCGACCGUCAACGCGAUCGCGAUGAAGCAAUGAGCUAAAAGAUCACGAGUAACGACGACUGUCAAAAAGAUGCCGGUACACCGAUUGAACACGGGAAAUGCGGGCCAGCUGGAGAGUGUUGCUGCGUAAUCAACGAACUACCGUCCCCAUGCUUGGCAGUGCCUUUCCUGGGACCACUUUAGAAGCUUUGGAGGAUGGGUUCCCGAAGGAGCGGUUUCAGCGGGAGCCGGGCGAACGCUGGCGUUCUGAAGGAACGAGCCAGCAUGUCGUUCAUGCUGGUGGUCAUGUUCUUCGCCGUGUUCGGUUUGAUCGUCUUUACGGAGAUAUUCCUGAUCGACGAGAGGCGUGGCGGGGGCGUAGGUGGCACCGGGGCCCUAGGAGGUCACAGGAGUGGACAUCGAUUGCCGGCUGCGCCCGAUCGUCCGGAUUACGGGGAAAUCGGACCUGCUUUUUCCUGUGUUUCGAGUUUCCGUGCUAGCGACGCGUCGGGGUGAAGGACGCGCUCGUCAAAAAUUCUGAUGCCACCCAGAUGAUAUACGUAUACGUGAUGGCCCAUGCAGUAACGCCCACGGGAUACGAUAUGCCAUUGAAGCUGGGAAGAAAUGGAAAACACACCGUGGGACAAAGUGAAACGAUACGGGAAAAAUGAAAAUUCUAAGAUUAAUUCUAUGCAUUUUUAUAGAUACAAUAACGAUACGUAUAUAGAGAGUGUAAUUAUAUCUGUUUUAAUUUAUCAGGUUUCGAAUUUUGUGGUAAUCGUAAAAUUGAAUUUCGGUAUAAUUUUGUGGAGAAUGAAAAGAAAGCUUGAUUGAUAGAUCGCGUAUUUACAUGAAUUUAGCGAAUUUGAAAUGCAAAAAUACACAAAAUGUACGUAAUAGGCAAAAAGUGUAUAAGAUAUUCAAAGUAGAGUACUCGUUACAAUACUUAGCAGGUGACGUUGAUUAAUCUCUGCACAAGUUCCGUUUCUUCUACUGUGACGAAAGGUUUGCUUAAGUAUCCAAUUUAUCGAUCGACAUGGACGAAAGUAUGGAAUUCUAUCUAAAAAAGAGCCGUAAUUUCACUUUUCCAAUUCAUUGAUACAUAGAAAUGCGUCCAAUUAAUUCUAGAAUAUUUUUCAUUCUACAGUUUUGACUGAUUGAACAUUUUGUUGACUCCUUCGACGAUUCGAUAAAAAACUAUUUUGAACAAAAUUCUUAAUAACCUUUCAUGCUACACCGCGUGAUCGAUUCAAU